CGGGCGAGAGCGCGCAGUCACCGGGGGCCGGGCCAGCGCGGGCGUCCUAGCCCUCGUCCUCGUCCUAGCCCUCGUCCUCGCGGAGGCCGGAGCCCGGGUCGCAUCCUCCGCUGCUUCCGAGACUCCCAUCCCCGCGAGCUCUUCAUGCUGCCCGCCUGAAAGGAAGACAUGGGCACCGGGGAUUGUAUCUGCAUUUCCAUGAGCGGAGGGGCCCCCUGGGGCUUCCGCCUGCAAGGUGGCCGCGAGCAGAAGCAGCCCUUACAAGUCGCCAAGAUUCGAAGCCAGAGCAAAGCCUCUGGGUCUGGACUGUGUGAAGGGGAUGAAGUGGUGUCUAUCAACGGCAACCUGUGCGCAGACCUCACCUACCCGGAAGUCAUCAAACUCAUGGAGAGCAUCACAGACUCCCUCCAGAUGCUCAUCAAAAGACCAUCCAGAGAAAUAAGUGAGGCUGUGGUCUCUGAAACUGAAAACACAAACCAUGAGCACCUCAGUCCUGAGGAGUGUGUGGAAAGAACCACCCUGCAGAUUCGCCCAGCCCCAGAGACCCACUACAGAGAGUUCUCUAUCGCCCCUGAUGAGAGCCAAGCUCCUCUAGCUGAGGACCAAAGAAGUGGCUCCGAUGAUGUAGGCAGUACAAAAGAAGAAGCAGGCCCAAGCUAUCAAAGGGCUCCCCAAACGUUCAACUCCCAAGAACGAUCCUUGACAAAAGAGGUCAUCGUCAGAGAAAAGGCAGAAGCAGGGCAGCAGGGCACCGUGGUGGAGUUACAACUGUCCCUUUCCCAGGAUAGACACAGGGACACCAGCGGCCCUGCUGUGGCUCUCCUGGGAGCUGAGACGCCUGCGUCUCCUGACCCUGACCCAGGCCCUAGCCUGCAGCACCAGGGGGCUUUCCUCAUAAAUUCUGCCCCUGCUGAUGAGAAAGCGAAUGCUGCUCUGAGGUCCAGCAAGACACUUCAGGUCUCCAGCAGCAGGCAGCUGAGAGUGACCCGAGGGAGUGGAGCGGCAGCCGCGGGGCUGCCCCAGGUGGAAGUGAUCCUCGACUGCUCUGACAAGCAGAAGACUGAAGAGUGCAGGCUACAGGCAGGCAAGGGGUGUGUGGCUGCUCCAGGGGAAGGAGGGCAGUCGGAAGCACCUCCUUCUCUGGUCUCCUUUGCCGUCUCAUCAGAAGGCACAGAGCAGGGGGAAGAUCCACGCUGGGAGAAGGUUCACAGCAGACCACACAAGCACAGAGCGCGGCACGCACGGCUCAGGAGGAGUGAAAGCCUGUCAGAAAAGCAGGUGAAAGAAGCGAAAUCUAAAUGUAAAAGUAUUGCCCUCCUGCUCACCGAUGCCCCCAACCCCAACUCCAAGGGGGUGUUGAUGUUUAAGAAGCGCCGGAGGAGGGCCAGGAAGUACACCCUCAUCAGCUACGGUACCGGCGAGCUUGAGCGAGAGGCAGACGAGGAGGAGGAGGAGGAGGAAGGUGACAAAGAGGACCCAUGUGAAGUGGCCUUUCUUGGCACGAGUGAGUCAGAAGUAGAUGAAGAGUUGCUGUCCGACGCUGACGACAACGCCCAAGUAGUGAACUUUGAUUGGGAUUCUGGACUGGUGGACAUUGAGAAGAAACUGAGCAGAGAGGACAAGAUGGAGAUGUUGCCAGACACCACAGGAAAAGGGGCCCUCAUGUUUGCCAAGAGGAGGGAGAGAAUGGAUCAGAUCACCGCGCAGAAAGAAGAGGAGGGGGUGCUUGGAACUCCAGGCAGAGAUGCAAACCUUGCCCAGACAGAUGGCAUGAGAACCACGGCGUCUUACCAAAGAAAGGAAGAGGAAUCAGUGAGAACGCAGACCUCUGUGAGCAGAAGCUACAUCCAGAUGGGUCAUAGUCUUUGCCAGGUGCCCCAACAGAAUGGCUUCAGUGGCGGGUCAGAGGCAGCAGAGGCCCAGAAGUCUGUCCCUAUGAACAGAACGGCCAAGCCUUUCCCAGGCUCUGCAAACCAGCCAGCUCCUCCCUUCUCCCCAACCCACAACAUCUCAAGUCCCAUCUCUGACUUUCCUGCUCCUCCACCAUAUUCUGCGAUCACUCCUCCACCAGAAGGCUUCUCCAGAGGGGUAACAAGUCCCAUCACUGGCCCAGCACAGCCCCCUCCAUGGCCGCAGCCAGCUCCAUGGUCCCAGCCAGCCUUUUAUGACACAUCUGAGAGAAUAGCAUCUCGGGAUGAGAGGAUUGCAGUGCCAGCAAAAAGAACAGGGAUACUGCAGGAAGCCAAAAGGAGAAGCACCACGAAACCUAUGUUCACAUUUAAGGAGCCCAAAGUAAGCCCGAAUCCUGAACUCUUGUCACUGCUUCAAAAUUCAGAAGGUAAACGAGGCACCGGAGCUGGUGGCGACUCCGGACCUGAAGAAGACUACCUCAGCUUAGGUGCAGAGGCUUGUAAUUUCAUGCAGAGCUCCUCUGCUAAGCAAAAGACCCCACCUCCUGUUGCUCCAAAACCUGCAGUCAAGUCCUCAUCCUCCCAACCAGUUACCCCGAUUUCUCCAGUGUGGUCUCCAGGAGUGGCUGCCGCCCAACCUCCUGCCUUCCCUGCAUCAAAUCCAUCCCAGGGCACAGUGGUGUCUUCCAUCAAAAUAGCCCAGCCUUCUUGCCCUCCUGCUCGUCCCGCAAGUGCACUGAACCUGUCUGGUACCUUCAAAGGACAACAGGCAGCAGGAGCCAGUCAGAAUUACAGCCCCAAGCCAACAGCACCAGCACCAACAGUCAAUGCCGCUCACACCAGGGCAGUGGGACCAUCCAAUGAGCUUCCCGGAAUGAGCGGGAGAGGAGCGCAGCUUUUCGCAAAGAGGCAGUCAAGGAUGGAGAAGUAUGUGGUGGAUUCUGACACAGUGCAGACCCAUGCUGCCCGCGCUCAGUCUCCUACGCCAUCCCUACCCGCCAGCUGGAAGUACUCCUCCAAUGUCCGAGCACCUCCCCCUGUGGCCUACAAUCCCAUCCACUCUCCCUCCUACCCACUGGCUGCCAUCAAGCCCCAGUCCUCAGGCCCACAGGCCUCCAAAGUGAGCAAGAAAAAGGUCAAGAAGCCUCUCAACGCCUUGGAUGUCAUGAAGCACCAGCCGUAUCAGCUCAACGCGUCCCUGUUUACUUUCCAACCUCCGGAUGCGAGGGACAGCCUGCCCCCUAAAUCAGCAGUCAAGAUCAGUUCAGCCUCAGCUGUGAAGCAAGCGCUGCCGUCCAGGCCAGUGAACGCCACCUCGCCCACGAAUGUGCAGGCUUCCUCGGUUUACUCGGUGCCGGCCUACACCUCUCAGCCCACCUUCUUUGGGGAGGCCACCUCCCCCGCCAGCGCGUCUCCAGUGCCCAUGAGCGUUCCCACCUCUCCAAAGCAAGAACCUGCCUCGUCAUCUUAUUUUGUGGCACCAAGACCGAAGUUCUCAGCCAAGAAGAGUGGCAUCACAAUCCAGGUGUGGAAACCAUCUGCGGCGGAAGAGUAACCCUGUAGCUGAAACCGAGUGUUCACCUUGCUUGAAAUGAAUUGUUUGCAGUGUCACUUGAGUCCCCGAGAAUGGCUAGCAAAUCCUCAACUUACUUAAUUUCAGAUGUGUCACUUCCCAAUCUGGGUCCAAGGAGCACAGUAUUUUUAAUGAGUCAAAUAUUCAACUCAGAUUGACUUUAAACAUAUUUAUCUUCUUUGCACACUUGAAUAAUCCAGGAGUAUACCAAAAGACAUGUGCCAUUGCAUUAAGUAAGCAGGAUACUUAGGACUUAUGCUUUAGCCACAAGAAAGGCAGUAAUUAGUGCUAUCAAACAUUAGGACACAGCAUUUAUGUAACGUAUCAGCUGUGCUCCCAUGACGAAGGUUCAAAUGCAGUGGAAAUACGUGUCUUGACUGAGCUUUCACUUCUAAAUCAAGCUUUGUCUCUAUUACUAGUGUUAAGGGAAUAAGAAAUCUAGAGCGGGAAGGAUCAACUCUGGUCUGUCAACCACAGGCAACUGUGGACAUCACAGAGAAGAAAAGGUUUUGCUGGGGAUUGUUGGUGUAAGCAGUGGAUUAAACAUGAGGCUCUUAGGAAUUACUGAGCACUUACUGUGUUAGGCUUUCUUUUUUUGCCAGAUAUUCUUACAUGUCAGAAGACAUAUUUAAAGUAAACAGGAUAUGCAAGAAGGAUAAUGAUCCUAGAGAUAAUGAUCCCAUCCUUCCUCCCUCCCCAGGUACUUAAGAAAAUAAGUGAGCACUUUGUAUCACCUUUGCCCAUGAAAGCAUUAAUCUGUUUUCUUCAGUGAAGGCAAGCAGUAGAGUACAGAAUAACGAAACAUGUGGGUGGAGGGUGCACACAGAGGUAUGCAGGGCUGUUGUUUUCCCUUCAGAAGCCACACUCCUGGGACCUGGAGGGUUACUGACUGCAGGAGCUGAUGGGGAAGCAGGAGGAACCCCGAGUGCACAGACUGUAGGGUGAGAAUGCAAAAUUAUUAACAUCCUAUCUGAAUGACCUCACAGAUUUUCUUCCUGUGUUCGUGUUGCUCUUUGGCAAAUGCUCCGCCCACCACUCCCUGCAAUAUUAUUCUUGCACCUUUCCUCUAUUACUUAUAUUUGAUGGACCAGGAUAAUUCAGGCAAGGUUACCUUGUAAAUUUGGACUGGUCACAUGCUAUGUCAUCAUCCAGCUGGCUAUGAAGUUAAUAAUGUUACUGAAAGUAAACCUGAAGACCUUUCUCAUAUCUAUUUUAAGUCUGAGUGUGACCAACCAUGGAAAAUAUUUAACAUGAAUUAAUGUAGAGAACUACAAAGCAUUUAUGACAGCUUCAAGGAGAACCAUCUACUCUUUGCAGGAGAUAUGUUUAGAGGCCUCCUAGAAAAACUUGUGUGGUUUGAGGGUACACAGUGUCAUUUUAAUCCUCUGAAAAUAUCUGUAUUCCUGUACUUUCUCUGCUGUCACUGUCAAUCUGCUAUGUCUUUCUCUAUCCUAUUAAAAUAUUACUUUCUUCUUUACCUGUU